AUGACUAACAAUACAGUGAUUCAGAAGAAAGUCGUUAUAGUGGGAGACGGUUCCAGCGGCAAGACCAGUCUGCUGUUGGUGUUCUUCAAGGACGAGUUCCCUGAAGUUUACGUGCCGACCGUGUUCGAAAACUUCGUCACCAACAUCGAGGUGGCCAACAAGACGGUCAGGUUGGCGCUAUGGGACACGGCGGGACAAGAGGACUACGACAGGCUGCGUCCGCUGUCGUAUCCCGGCAGCGACGUGGUCCUCAUUUGUUAUUCGGUGGACUCUCCCAGUUCUCUGGUUAACGUCCUGAACCGGUGGGCUCCCGAAGUGAGUUACUUUUGUCCCAACGUGCCCGUAAUACUGGUGGGCAAUAAGAAGGACUUGAGAUAUCAGUUAUCGGCCGCGGGUGAGGCGGAGGUGGCACCGCCGAAAGUUGAGCAGUCUCCGGUUUCGCCGAAAGAACUGAUUCUGACGAAGGAGCAAGGCGAAGCAGUGGCCAGUGAGAUUGGCGCUUUCGCGUUCCUAGAGUGUUCGGCCAAGUCUAGAGAAGGCGUCCGGGAGGUGUUUGAGGCGGCCGUAACGGCCACCAAGCGCGACAAAAAGAAUGUUGCCCAGUGUGUUUUACUUUGA